AUUUUUCGUCUGCUUGGUAAAUAAUAUCGAAUCAAAAAGUGGUCUUCAAGUAUUUCUCCAUCGCCGUUAAAAGAAAAACCAACAUUUUCCAAUAUCACCAAUAUCACCCUACAAAAUGGAACUUUUAAGACAGCAACCAUUGCAACCAGUGGCAUUCAACCCAUUACACCAUCAAUUGUCUGCUCUAAGUAUGCAUCACCAGCAACAACAUCAUUUGUGGUUGCAAUCACAAGCGCAAUCACCAAUGAAUGUGCAAAGUUUCACGCACGUAUAUCCUGUAAUGCCAAAUCAUUCUGGUAUGAUGGACCAAUGGAUUCGUAAGGUGGCGUUCCAUCAGCAGCAGCAACAACAGCAAAUUGCACAUCACGCCGACCGCCGUAUGCCACAACAAGCACCUAUCCGAAUGGGCCCCGUUAAGAUGGUCGGCCCGAAUGGAAAACGACCGAAGAAACAAUUCAUUUGCCGUUUCUGUAAUCGUGAGUUCAGCAAGACUUGGAACCUGAAAAUCCAUGAACUAACACAUACCAAUGAAAGACCAUUUCCGUGCGAUAUUUGUGGCAAAGCCUUCAGAAGAAAAGACCAUUUACGUGAUCACAAACACAUUCACUCGAAGGACAAGCCAUUCAAAUGCAACGAUUGUGGCAAAAGUUUCUGCCAAUCGCGAACGCUGGCGGUUCAUCGUGCAACACACUCCGAAGACAAUGGCAUAGCUUGCCAACAAAUUCUCAGACAGCAAUCGGAAUCAAUAGAGAACAUUCAAAGUAGCACACAUGCCGACACAGAAGCUGCACCAAAAUCGAUGAAAACAAUAGCCGCUUCUGAUCUUGAUUUAGUAUACAAUAUUAUGGAAACCGAAACGCCAUCAAAUAGCAGCGUAAAACUGAAACGAGGUUUUACAAUAGACGAAAUAAUGUUUAAGGCAAAAGAUUUUCACCAAUUUCUUCUCAAAGUGAAUUUUUUUUCUUCGUCUAAUUCAGUACAAAAUAAAAAAAAAGUUGUUUCUUUCCGUCAAGUUAACUUAAAAAAAGGGAACAGAAACGUAACGUUAGUUUCAAAGUGCGAUCAAAGUUUUGUGAAAAAGUUCUUGGAGCAUUGUACAAUGUCGUCAACUUCUUCAUGCAGUGAAAUAAGCGUAGACGAUAUUCAAACCAGGAGUCAAGCAGAUUUUUCGUCUGCUUUGGAAAUAAAUUUAAAACAAGAGCGAUCUUCAAGUAUUUCACCAAUGCUAACACCACCACACACACCGAUCGAAGACAAACCAACAUUGGCUGAUAUUGCCCGUCAGCAACAAUUAUACGAAAUGGAACUGUUCCGACAACAAACAUCCCAAUACCAUAUGAUGCAAAUAAAACAUGAACACGAAAGUCAAGUACCACCAGCAGCAUUCAAUCCAUUGCACCAUCAGAUGUCCGCUUUAAAUGCACACCAUCAGCAACAACAUCGUUUGUGGUUACAAUCACAAUCGUCGCCGUUGAAUAUGCAAAGCUACACUCAACUGUAUCCGGUCAUGCCAAAUCACUCUGCCAACCCCUUGAUGGACCAAUGGAUUCGUAAGGUGGCGUUCCAUCAACAGCAGCAACAACAACAGCAAAUGGGACACCGUGCAGGUCAACGUGUGCCACAACAAGCACCCAUCCGAAUGGGUCCCGUUAAGAUGGUCGGCCCAAAUGGAAAACGACCGAAGAAACAAUUCAUUUGCCGUUUCUGUAAUCGAGUAUUCAGCAAAAGUUACAAUUUACAAAUCCACGAACGUACACACACCAAUGAACGGCCAUUCCCCUGUGAUUUGUGCGGCAAAGCCUUCAGACGACAAGACCAUUUACGUGAUCACAAAUACAUUCACUCAAAGGACAAGCCAUUCAAAUGCAAGGAAUGCGGCAAAGGUUUCUGUCAAUCGCGAACGCUGGCCGUUCAUCGUGCAACACACUCCGAAGACAAUGGCAUCAAAUGUCCAGUUUGUCAGCAAACAUUCACACAACGGUCAGCGCUGAAAACACACAUGCAACGUCAUACACACGCCGACACAGAAGCCGCACUUAAAUCAAUGCCAAACACAAAAUCACUACGGCCAACAGCCGAUCCGGCGCUUGAUUUAACGCAGAAACUCAUCACCGAUACACCAUCAACCAGCAAUCUAAAACCAAAAAGAGGAUUCACAAUAGACGAAAUAAUGCAACGUUAACCUUUGUAUUACUAUUGUUUCAAAGCAAAAAAACACAAACCGAUAACCAAAGCUGGUAAACAUUCUGAAGACUGAUACAAAUUUAUUUUGAAUUAAAUUACACAAACAGCAAACAAUAUCUAUUAUUUGUUAUGAUAAUUUUUUAGUUUCUUCGUAUUCGCUAUGUCGUAUUAAGUAUUGUAAAUAAAUGAAAAUGAAGAAGAAAAUUAAAAGAAUAAAUAAAUUUAAAAUUUUAGUAUGUUUAAGAGAAAACGAGAUCUAUUAUAAAUAAAUAAAAAUGUAUAAAUCUAUAUUAGUAAAUUAGUUUCAAAGUUCUCCAAUUGUCCCGACGUAUUUCAUUGU